CAAGGACGCGAGCGCCGCCAUCUUGAAUGACGUAAGCGUGACGCAGCCCACGCGUUCCCGUGAUGCUUCAGAACCCGCGAACUGCAGAACUUGGCUGGCACGGCUGAUCUCUGUAUGACAGCAUGACCUGCAUCGGUAGACCUGGAUUCAUCUUAAGUGACAGUGACUCCAGUGAUUCAGAGGAGCUGCCUGUGUUUGAUUUCUCACAGUCGAAAUCCAGACAGCCCAACUUGGUAGAUUUAGACAGUUCAGACUCAGAAAUGGCUCCUGUUGCUCAUCCACUUUCAUCUCUGGAGGUCCACGCCUCUGCUGGAGCUGCUAGAAGUGACAUGUUGAUGGUCAGUAGUGACAGUGAAGAGGAGGAGGAGGCCAUGAUUCCCUUAGCUGUAAGACUGAAACAAAAACAGCUUGGUGUGGGUACAGCAGCCAUCAGUGCAGAAGAGACCCGGGCUUCCAAUAUGGUUUCCAAUGGAUGUUCCCGCCUCUUAAAUGUUCCAGAGCGUCAUAUCAACCACGAGACCCAGCCGGUGGAACGUAACAAAAUCUGUAGCAAUAUAACGAGGCAGUGCAGCUCAAACAAGGACGCACCGUACCUCACAAAAGAACCUCCACCUGAAGCGGAGAAUGGUGCUUACCUGGCCAAACGCAAGAAAAACCCAGCAGAAGUGGAGGCUGCCAGACAGGAAGCCCUGAGGAAAAGAGCAAUGCGAGAGCAUCAGCAGGAAGAGAAGGAGAGAUUGAGGAUGGAGAAGAAAGCCUUGGCUGAUGCUGUGAAAGCCCUAAGGCCAGAGGAGUGCAUCAAACACACGGUGGUGACGGUCGACCCGGGCCUACUGCAGCUGGAAGGUGGCGGCGCUCUCCUGACUUCCCUGCAUGCCAUGGGCUGCAACUGUGCCAUAGAGAAGCAGUCUCUUCCUCGUAGUGUCACCUGGGCAAGACGCUCACCCUGCCCUCAGACUGGUGAGACGAUGACCAUUCCAGACUUAAAUACUAUAAUACAAGUUCCUGUGGAUGACUUUGUAACUAUGAUUAAUAACUACUGCAAGAAGCAAUGCAAUAGUGUGUUGACAGAAAGUGGCAUAUCUCUGACCGCCUGGAUCCAAGGACUUAUGAAAAGAAACCCAGGCAGAACUCUCAGUCUGGUCGUGAUUGACCUAGAGAAGUACUACAGAGGCCAAAAUUCUAAAUGUCAGAAGAAAUAUCGAGAGGCAGUGCUGGGCGAGGAGAAGAAUGUGGGACUUCAGGGAGGGCAGAAAAAGAGAAGAAAGAAAGACGAUAUCAAUCAGCUUCCUGAGGUCUCGCGAGUGCAGGUGGAGGAGGCUUUGGUAGACCUGCAGCUGCAAACUGGGGUGCAGGUUCGCUUCCUCUCUACCUGGAAAGACUUCACUGAUUAUAUUACCAUGUUAACCAAAGCAGUAGCCGAGGCACCAUUCAAGCGGGAGCGAGAGAAGACGGGAUUCACGUUUUGUUUGGAGAGUGAGUGGGCAGGGGGUCAGAAGGUGGACCGCUCAGGGAACGGCCUUCUGCAAGUUUGGAAGAGACAAAUACAGCAGCUGAACCGCGUCAGCCCUGAUAUGGCCAGUGCUAUACUUAGUGCCUACCCCUCUCCUCGGCUUCUUGCUCAGGCAUAUGCACGGUGCAAAUCAGAACAUGAAAAAGUCGGUCUGCUGUCAGAAAUACUUAUUCGCCGUGGAGAAGGUGUGACAUCUACAACCCGCAGAGUUGGUCCAGAGCUUUCCAAACGACUCUUUCUUUUGAUGAUCUCACAUGAUGCCCAUCAGCCACUUGAUUCUGCUGUAUAGAUUUCUCUUGUCUCCUUGUACACAUAAUGUUGUAGAUAUUUAUUACCGUUCAGAUUUUUUAUUAGUUAGAUUUUUGUCUAAUGUUGCUAUAAAUUGUCACAAUUAAAUGUUUCUUAAAGUACCUGAACCAUUUUACUUUACCUUCAUCAGAAUUAGUUUUUCUAAAAUGACUUCAGCCCAAACCUUUCCGUAGCUCUUUAUACAACAGUGGGAGCCUUAAAAGUUAAACUUUUUCUGGAAUGCUCUUUGAGUUUUUAAGUUCUCUUCACCCCAGCGGCAAAUAACCUUGCAUGACAGAAGCCUAAAUGCAGUAUAAUGUUAAAUUCUCAAAUGCUACGCAUGCACGGUAUUUCUUGGAUACAUUUAAGACCGGUAGGUCAGACCCAAGUGGUUUCAUUUAGAAUUUAUUCACUUUAUGUUAUCCUUACAUAUUUUAGCAGCACUAGAGAGGGCACUGUUAAUUGUAAAAGCAACAAUUUCAGUUUUGGCUUUUUUCCUGUUUAAGGCACUACCGUGCUCCUUUCGGAACCAAAAUGGCCCCUUGAGCACACCGUACUUACUGUCUAAAGACUGUAGAGGCUCAUGGCUCAUUUCCAGCACAUUAGAGAAUGGCACCUGACCAAGGAGUGUCGUGUUGCCUGAAACGAGCAGUGGGGUAACGAGCCGUUAAAUGUGCUUAAGAGAUGAGCUGCAUGCUUCAUCCCUGUCCCUGAAGGCAGUAUUUCCUCUACAGUUUAAGGGAUGGCAUAACAAACUAUGGCUAGUAGGUGUGUGCUUGUGCCGAAGGGAAUUAUACGAGCAGAAUUAUGGCAGCUUGAAAAGGGAUCACCUUGGAGUGAUUGUUUAGCUGAAUAGUAUGAAAUCCAAUUUUCGUGUACUCUGAACGCAGACCAUAAUAGCUUUUAUGACCUAGAGUCUGCAGUACUAACAUCUUCAGUGGCAUGUGAAUGGUUUAAUGGGGCUUUAAUUUCCAAAAAGCAGUUGUAGGAUAGUGUACAAUGUACCUCAACUAACCUAAAUGUUUUGGAGGACGAAUAGUGUUCCAUUUGCAUCAAAAUACGGAUAUCUAUGUAAGAGCAAAGAGUCCGUAUAUCUUCAGCUGCAAUGUGCAUAUAUGAGUCAUGACUACUCCACAUGAUAGAUUGCCCCCUGUAAAGUAUUUCUGUUCAGCGGAGUAGCAGUUUCUCAUUUCUGGCGCACACAGGAUUCUUCCUGCUCCUUGUUGGAGAUUAAUAAGGAUUGGGAGUGGCGGUAGGUCAACGUCGGCCACCUUCACUCACAGUCAAUAGAGUGGGAAGCAAAGCAGGGCUGUUAGUCACUGUCUUUCCCUGGAUAUUCUCAACUCGGCUCAUCUCUUGGAAAAAUGCGCAUUCUUAUCGGCCGCCACACAAGAUGGAGUGCCACAGGCAGUCCUGUUUAUGGUUUUGUAAGUUCGUUUUGUUCCAGUUACAGUUUUGUAUUCUUGGCAGAGUGGGUGCACUUCCAAUUUCUUGGGUUGUGUCACAUUAAUGCCACCUGUAGUAUGCUGGCCGUUCUCUGACAGUGGCAUAAUAAUAACAUGUUUUCUCAGGCAAAGUGGUAUGGCAACAAGACAAAGCCUCUGAUAUCCUUCCAUUGCAUUCUCAGUGUGUUUUGCUUUGGCGCUCGGUGAAUCACGAUCCACUCGUGAGCCACUUGCUAAAACGACAAGAGAGAAUGUCAAAGACUCCAACAAUCUAUUUCAGAGCAUGAGUAGGCCGGCCACUGUGGUAUUGGUUUCUUUGCCACCAGCGUUCAAUCAAUGUUUCCUGCUUCUCUUUAAAAAUAAAUCAUUAUAUGGCU